AUGUCUUCUCAUGAGUACCUUGAUUUGUGCCACGACGUUCACAACCUGCUUUUGAGACACCUCGAGCGGAGGGACAGUGAGAGUCUACGAUUUGCCACCCGCGAGACGGCAAAGAGUGUUUUGAGCCCGCACCAUCUCCGACUCUUUUUCCGUAGCCUGAUCGGCGAGGAGGUACCCAACGGACGCCAAUUCGACAUCACAGAGGACCAAUUUGUCGAAGAGGUCCAUAAAAGAGAGUUACACAACUUUCUUGCAAUCAUUGCGUUUGCCGGCUGCCGUAUCGAGGCAGCGAGGAACUUCACAGAGAAGCUGGCUGCUGCUCCUGAGUGGCCCCCGCCCGCGGACCAUGUGAUUGCUCGACGCGUAUGUUCGCUACCUGCCGACCGUCAAAGCCUGACGGAGUUCUUUGACGGGGACGAAGCUACGGCAGACAAGUUUUUUGGGUCUCAGGCCCCAUUCUGCACUGUAGUGCUUCGACAACGAGAGGAGACUACGAUACAAGACGGCGACACCCAGCGUCGUCCGUACGUGGAGGAGGAGCUGUUGGGAUCAGGAUCGUUCGGUAGAGUUUUCAAAGUAAAGAUUGCCAAGGGACACUUUGAGGAUCGUCAGAAGAACGAUAACAAGGAACGAUGGGUGGCUCGGAAAGACUACAUUAUCAGGUCGUCCUCAGAUUCCGAUGUUGAGACUAGGGAAGAAGGCGAGAUUAUGAAAAUGAUUCUUAGCCUGUCCAAGACUUGCGAAAACAUUUUGGAGAACCUCGGGACUUUGAGCAUUGAAUUUCCAACGGGUGCCAGCCCAACGCUGUACAGUCUAUUCAUGCCGCUGGCGGUCUGCGACCUGGGCGCAUACAUGAAAAAGGACGGCUCGAAUGCGCCAAAGACGGCGUACAACAGGGCCGGCUUCCUCCGGUCUGCCAUAGGUCUCGCCAACGGCCUCAAGUUUCUUCACGAAGAGAUGCAGACCCCCGGCCUCGAACGGAUCGUCUGCUAUCACAUGGAUCUGAAGCCGAGCAACGUCCUCAUAUUUCGAGAAAACGGUACCGGCGACGGGCACGAGCCCCGCUACAUCUGGAAGCUGAGUGACUUUGGGAUGUCGAGAGUCAAGAUCCGGCACCAGACCAGCCACGAGGAAGAGAGGGACAUUGCCAAGUGGUUUACGAAACGACGCGACAUGAAACAGAGGACGAUGUCUGGGACCCAGAAUCGGCGCGGACAGGGGACAUACCUGCCUCCAGAGUCGUUUCGUGAGGGUAAAGUCAUGAACACGAGAAGCGACGUGUGGUCACUGGGCUGCGUGCUCAGUGUUCUAUUCGUUUAUCUCGAGGGCGGUAAAACGGCGAUUGACAAUUACGAGACGAGCCGUCUUAAAAACCGCAGGGGCAUCGAUGCAAGCUACGAUGUCUUUUUCCACGUCAAGCCGUUUGGGGUUUCUACUUUACACUCGGCUGUCAAGGACGUCCACAAACAGCUCGUCCACAAAGCUGCCGCGAGGAGCUUGAGAGAAAAGGAAGCAGUUCGGGCAAUGCUGCAUUUCCUAGAGUCCAAGGUUCUGAGGAUCAACCAAGACAAGAGAUGCAGCGCAAAGGAGGUCGAGAAUAUGCUCAAAAGAACGCUUGAAGAGUAUGAAGAGAUCGACAGGUCCGAAUCCUCCUCCAAAGCCUCCAUGGCAGAACGAGCUGUGUCAAAGUUUACAUGUUUCGAUUAUCUCAAGGUGAUGAAACGGAGACGUUCCAAACCCAAGUCUUCCACAACACAAACUGUCCAACAAUGGAUAAUACCACCGGACAAGUUCGAUGUUUUCAAGGGUUGCAGAGUAUCACCAGACGGAAACUUUGUGGCUUACUGGAGUGACAAUAAGAUCUCACUCUUCACCCUAUCCACUAUCCCUAACGAGGAGGAAGAGGUCAUGAUGGUAGCCGUCGGCGAAUACUCCUUGGAGUCCCUGGAAACGACGAGCCGGUUUUGGAAAGCAGUGUGCCUGACAAACAGAUAUCUGGUCGCCACAACCACAGGGAACAUCUUCAACUGUUACAUUUUUGAUAUGGGGACGGGGGUUCCAGUUGACUCUAACCUCAAGAUCCACUGGCACAUUCGCCUUCCAACAGUCCCAGAAGUCUACAUCAUGACGACGUCAACCGACCACCAGAACCUGGUGUGUGUAGUGGAGAACCAGGAGGACGAGAGUGUUUCGGGGUCCAUAUUCCAUGUGAGAAUCGAGUAUCUGAUAGAGAUCGGAUCUACUUCCGAGGAGCAUGGAACAGAACAGAGUGGCAAAGUCUUGUUGGAUAAAUUUACCACACUCGGCUGGCCUGCUGAAGACGUAAUGUCAAUAUCGCUCACCAGGCAGAACCGUUGCAACGCGGCCAUUCGUCCGUACCUGACAGAAACUGGCACCCACCAAAUACCAGUUGUUUCAUACUCCCUCAUAAACAAGGACACCGAGGAAGUAGUCAUCGAGCCGCGGGGCCAUGAGAGCAACGGUUCAAGUCUCUUCACGGCGUUUGCCGGGUUACACCAACAAGCCGCUUGUAUAAUCGUCUCCCGAGAGACUCGGCUCUUCACUGUCGAUAUCCUCGGGGGCAGACCUCCCCAAGCAACGAACCGAACCCGGUACCCCAAGACCAUUGAAGAUUACCGUCUACUCAGGGUCAUGGUGGAUCAGAAAGACGACACGAUAUUCGCACUCGGAACCCAAUCAGAUGGCGGUCCGAUACUCCUGCUUGAGAUAAUUACAAGACCUGAAACGAGGGCCCCGGUGACUGUCCGCGAACUGGCGCAACUAUCCAGUCUAUCUGAGAAUGACGACUUCACCGGCACCCUAGUAGGCGACAAUGGCAACAGCCACAUCCUCGUCACUGCUCUCGUGGGUCCCAAUCGGCACUCUGUUUUCAAGAUUGUUCUCUCUGGUAGACACGCUGCGUCCACAGGUCCCCGGCCUUCCAACACCUUCUCAAACGUGUAG